CACCAGACACAUGCAACAACAAACAUGGCAGGCGUGACAUAAGCGAAAUGGCUAGCUAGCACCUGUUUAACUAUACCUUUAAACAAUUCAAUCAAUUGACAUACACAGUAUAUAUUUUUAAACAGUAGUGACAGUGCGUGACUUCAAUGUUGCCAAACAUUUUGUGUUUGUGUACGGUGUGUGAAAAACAGUGACAAAAUGAAGUUUCAUCGAUCUGUACUUUUCUUUGUACUACUCCUUACAACACUACUUCAAGAUUCACAAAUAUGUGGGCAGUUAACUAACACAGAAGUUGGAAGUCCUUCUCCUCGAUCGACGGAAAUUGUACGGACGAAUACAACAGCAUACGCUUGGAGCUCGUGGGGCAGUUGGAGUCCGUGUUCCAGAACUUGCGGUGGUGGAGUCUCCAUCCAGGAACGACAGUGUCUACCCAGAAAUCCUUCUAGAUGGGGGCGCAGCAGAAAGAGAAGAAAGCUAGUAAGAAGUACAGAACAUACGCGCCGAGCGAGAAUGGUGGGCGACGACAUCGACUGUCCUGGUCUCGGGAGAAGAUAUCACGAGUGCAAUACCGCGCCAUGUCCCGGACCAGCGAAAGACUCCAGAGCCGAACAAUGUGCCAUUUACGACCGUAGGCCGUUUCGAGGACGAUUCUACACUUGGGUGCCUUACGUUGAUGGGAAUGCUCCGUGUACGCUGAACUGCCGUCCUCGUGGACAACACUUCUACGCUUCCCUGGCCCUGGUAGCCGAUGGUACUCCAUGCACCAAACCUGGUUUCCGAGCUAUUUGUGUACAGGGAAAAUGUAUGGUGGUGGGUCGAGAAGGCGUGCUAGCAUCAUCUGCAGUCAAUGAAGUUCGGUGCGGGAACCGUCUAGUGUCAGGGCUGUUCACACGACCACGUUUGCCAUUGGGCUACUCCUAUGUGACCACAGUACCACGCGGCGCAUGCCGUCUUAAUGUCUCUGAGAUCAUCGCUAGCGAAAAUUAUAUCGCUUUGAAAGUAACAAAUGGCUCCUACAUUAUGAAUGGAGAGUUCGCUGUCAGCGCACCUGGAACUUAUGACGCUGCAGGUGCAAGAUUUAAAUACACCCGAAACGCUGGUCUGGAUUCUGUCUUUGCACUCGGACCUAUUCGCUACCCCGUCGAUAUUAUGGUGCUCUACACUCAACCGACUCCGAGCAUAAAGUACGAGUAUUUAGCUGAUUCCAACGAUGAUACUAGUAACGAUAUACCGACCAACGCUGCUCCUCAACAUCAUCAAAUGCAACGACAUCACCAUCGUCAUCACAAUAACGAUCACACAAGAGCUCUCGAGCCCUCGAAUCCUGAUCCUUCUUUAUCGAAGCAACCUGUAUUUAAUCCGCUCGCGAGCCACUCCCAAAUCGAGAGUAACGUUAUUGGGAACAGAAAAUUUAUUUGGAAAAUACUGUCCUUCACCCAAUGUUCGAGAACUUGCGGUGGAGGUCUUCAAGUAGGAAAAUACAAAUGCGUUGAAGUUAACGGGAAGGAAGAUAAAGAAGUGUCUCCAGCUCUUUGUGAUGGCUUUCCCCCUCUAUCUCGUCGUCGUCGUUGCGGCGGAGUACCGUGUUCUCCAAGAUGGAGAGCUGCAGCUUGGGGGCCAUGCCCAGUUUGUGGUCCUGCACAUCACACUCGGAUUGUAGGCUGUGUUCAAGACCACGCUAGAGGAAUCACGAAGAUAAGUGAUCAAAAAUGUCCACUACCUAUGCCUCCAAGUAGCGAACCUUGUGACAUUCCCAACUGCGAUGGCACUGUUGCUACAACAAUGUCACCACGAGACACCCGGCGUCAAGUACGGCCAAGAGAUCGAACGGAUACAUUCCGUGACGGACCAAUUAUUUCGGUUGCAUCGAACUCGUCGAAUAAUGAAGUUCGGCCCAAGUUUGAACAUUCAUUCAGUUUUAGUGCAACUGGAGGGUGGCUCUACACAGAAUGGUCUGAGUGUGUAGGCUGGUGUGUGGGUGGUGGAGUACAAAGUCGAGGAGUACGAUGUGCAAAUCCUUCGGGUUGUUCUUCUCACCGAGUGCCCGAAGCUUCGCAGACUUGUUCGAUUACGAGACAAUGCGAUUCUCAGUGGUUUACUGGCGAAUGGUCGCCUUGCUCAGCAUCCUGCGGCGGGCGCCAAGUUCGUGGUGUCAUUUGUAUUGGAGGCAAUGGACGACGACUGAAAGACUCCGCCUGCCACCGUCCUAGACCGGAACAUGAGAGAGCAUGUGGAGGGAACUGCGCUCCUUCGUGGUAUCUUAGUGAUUGGACCGAGUGUCAAGGUGCUUGUGAAGCCGGUAUUCAGACACGUACAGUGUGGUGCGCUAAAGGCGGUGCUGAGGGUUCAGGAGGUGCAGCAAGAGACACGGAGUGUCCUGGUCUAAGGCCAUUGGCCAAAAGAUCCUGCGUCCCACCUAGAUGUUCUUCUAAACCUGUCAACAAACCUGUUAUAAUCAACACUCCCGUCGUUUCAGACCCUCAACAGCGAGUAACAAGACACCAAAGUAAUACACUGAAUGCAAGAGAGAGACCCGUAUCCGAUGGAGCUUGCGUGGAUAAGUUGAGCAACUGUGUCCUCGCCGUCCAAGCUCGACUCUGCAACUACCCUUAUUACGCGGACUAUUGCUGCCGUUCGUGUCAUGGACGAUAGACCUUCCAAAAGAGAUGGUACCAAUUGCAGAUAAACACUACGACAUUGCAAGCCACUUAAAAACUUGUUAUAUGGAACGGACGCAUAGUGAGAAUACCAUAAUAUAACAAAUGUGUUUGAGAGUAUAAAUUCAUAAAAUCCUAAAUCCAGAAAAAGUGAUAUUCUCACAACAGUAGAAGCAAAUCUAUAAACUGAUAGCAAAGCUAUAGUGUAAUCGACUAACAUCGAACUUGUAAUAAUGUCGGUAAUUUAUAACAAGACAACUAUCUGUAGGACUAGCAUGACAGGGCGCGACUUGCGCGAGAGCGACAUAAAGCGCGAGAGUGACAUAAAACGCGAGAUACUUCUAUUUCGCCUGUAGUAGCGCUAUAGUGCUAACCUUACUGGUCGAUAAGUAACAUAAUUUGUUCUAAAAAUAAAGCACUUUUGUUAUAUGGACUCUCUAUUAGAACUCAGUAUAACACUUCCCCGUUACGUAUACAGAUAGAUAUACCUGAAAACGUAAACGACUGACUUAAAGUCAGAUGCGUUGAUGAUAUUUAGAAAAAUAGAACCAAGUAUCAUACAAUUGUUGAUAAUUAAAAAGUGGACUGUACGUUCGUGAUACUUUAAGUAUUAGAUUAGUUUCGUGAUCUCCAGUGUUUAGUCGAGUGAGGAGUCGAUCUGUGGACAUUAAUUAGUUUUAGAGUGUUUUGCAUAAUACCAAUGCACACCGAGCUAUUAAAAAACCCCAUGUACGUCAAAAAGUAUUGUAGCUUGCCUUUAACCAGAAUUGUAUUUCACGUAAUUUCAUCUUAUUGUAGUCACAUUGUAAAUUUUCAUUGCUUUUAAAAUUACGAACUAUAAUGAAAUUCAUUUCAAAUGGUUCUACUAAGUAAAUGUUUAGGCUAUGUUAGAUUUUAGAAACGAUAGUAUUCCUAUACAAUAAAUCAAAGAACAAUUCUGAGAAAAAAAUUCAAUUUUAAAAAUUACAUUUAUGUAUAAGAGCUGUUACACACGGUGACUUAGCAACGCGUCUGCAGCGAUUCAGUCGCGAUGCAGUCCCUAAUCGUCUACUUUACACAUACGCGCGUCUUAAGCCGCGAUACAAUCGUGACGCAUUCAUUUUUAAUGAUGCAAUAGGUCCGACCACAUCGACGCAGUCGCGUUUAUAUCGCUGCUAAAACUCACCGUGUGUAACUGCUCUUAAUAUUCAAUAUUAUCAAAUAGAGUCCUUGAUAAUAUGUCUAAUAAUUGUAGUAAAUUUUGUAAAUAAGUGGUUACUUCUGUAUGUAUAGUGCAUUUACUUAAUGGCUGUUAAGUAUUUAUGUAAUUAUUAAGAUUAGAACCAUUACCAUCAUGUAGAAUUGAUUAGUUUGCUAAAAUAACUACAGUUUUUUCUAAUGCAAUAUAACAAUGUACAAAAAUAAUAAGCUUUAAAA